CGUAAGGUUGACAGGUAUUUGCAGCUGUGAAGUGUUUUAAAUAGGAAAUCUAUUUUUAGAUAUGAUAAUACUGUAUGGGAAUUCCCAAGAUUGGUUAUUUUCAAGUCAACAAGUGUAGUACAGUACUUAGUAGGUAGCAGGACCAAGUGCUUUCUUGUCUUGUUUUUUUUGUCUGUCUCUGUACAAAACGCCUCUGGCGUGGCUAUCAGUGUAUCAGUACUAGUUUCAAGUUGCGACACCAAGAUUUAAUGUGAUUAUGGAGGUUUGAAUCUACAAAAAAUAUAUUUGAAGAUGAUAUUUGAAUACCAGAGGUAUAAAAGGAGAAAGUAAAUAUCUGUUUUGUAAAGGUCAUCUCAUCAAACAAGUUUAUUUUCAAAAUUCUUAAAAGUCAAAACGCUAUCAAAAUGACUGGUCAUGCCUCAAACUCAUGUGCCUCGCUGUAUGUUGGAGAUUUGAAUCCUGAUGUUACAGAAGUUAUGCUAUUUGAAAAGUUCUCAACAGCUGGGCCUGUAUUGUCUGUAAAUGUAUGUCGUGCCAACACCAAACAUCCUCUUGGCUACGCCUAUGUUAAUUUUCUGCAUGCUGAAGACGCUGAAAGAGCAAUUGAAACUAUGAACUUUGAUGUCAUCAAUGGUCAUCCUAUCCAUAUUGCGUGGUCUCAGCGUGAUCCAACUUUGCGUCGUACCGGCAAGGGUAAUGUUUUCAUAAAGAACCUGGACAAAUCAAUCGAUGACAAAGCUCUUCAUGAUAUAUUUUCUGCUUUUGGUAACAUCUUGUCUUCUAAGGCCACCCAGGAUCUGAACGAUUUUCAUUUGGAUGGUCGUACUUUGUAUGUUGGACGCGCACAGAAGAAAGCAGAACGUCAAGCUGAGCUUAAACAGAAAUAUGAACAACUGAAAGCAGAGAGAAACAAUCGUUCUCAGGGUGUUAACCUUUACCUAAAGAACCUUGAUGAUGAAAUUGAUGACAAGCGGUUGCAGAAAGAAUUUGAAAAGUUUGGUACUAUUACAAGUGCAAAGGUUAUGACUGAUGAAAAGGGAAUCUCAAAAGGAUUUGGGUUUGUAUGUUUUUCGUCCCCUGAAGAAGCAACUAAGGCUGUUACUGAGAUGAAUGGAAGAACCAUUGCUACUAAACCUCUGUAUGUAGCACUAGCACAGCGGAAAGAAGAGCGUAAGGCACAGCUGGCCGCCCAACACAUGCAACGUAUUGCAGGGAUUAGAGUUCCCGGGAAUGCACAACAGAUAAACCAGGUGUUUAACCCAGGGUUUGGGUACUUUACUCAAGCUGUUUACCCCCCACAAGCACGAUUAUACCCAACAGGGCAGAUGACACAAAUCAGAAACCCAAGGUGGACUGGUGCUAACCAACCAAGAUCAGCUGGUCAACCAAGUGGAGGCUUCCAGCCCAUGCCAAAUACUUGUCAGUUUGCUCCAAGAGGAGGCUACCCAGCCAUCCGCACUGCCAAUCCUGCUAGAGUCCCUAUUCGCCAGCAGUACCAGCAGCAUGUGACAGGAGUGAUUCCUCAGUCUGCUAUCCGUGUUCCCGCCAUUCAAAGAAUUCCAACUGUACCAGCUCAACAACGCCAAGUGAAGUAUGCUAAUGCUGUGCGCAAUCAGACUGUUGCUAGUCAGUCUGCUGGAAUUCCUGUGGAUUUUCCACAUCAAGCUGUCCAAGUUCCUUUGCAGGAGCCACUAACCCCAUCCAGGCUGGCACAGGCCACCCCCCAGGAGCAGAGGCAGAUGUUGGGUGAGCGAUUAUACCACAUUAUUCAACCUAGCCAUGGAGACCUAGCUGGUAAGAUCACUGGAAUGUUGUUGGAGAUUGACAACGCUGAGUUGCUUCACAUAUUGGAAUCCCGUGACUCAUUGAGCGCAAAGGUUGACGAGGCUGUGAUUGUGUUGAAGGCUCACCAAGCUAAGGAAUCUCGUAAUAAACACGCUCUGGCCGCUAUUGCACAGUAACUCAACCUGCUGGUUAACAAAAAAAAAUAAUACACUUGAGUGUUUCUUAGUAUACAACUCUUUUGUGUUACAAAUUUUUUUUAAAUCGGACA